GGAUAAGGGGGGUUGAGCUGGAGGGGGUGGAGCAGGCAAGCACUAGUCAAGGCGGCAGCAACAUUGCCUUAUCUCCAACACACGCACCAGCACACCACUCUCAUCUUGGUCUUCACCCCUGCAUCCCUCAUAUCUGCCAUCAUGUCCUACAGGCUGGUGGCCGCUGCAGGCCGUCUGGCGACCGCUUCCAAAAACUUGACGAACGGCGCGGGCCGGGCGGGAUUCAGCACCAAGAAAUACGCCCCCGUGCCUCGAGUCCUGGCAGAGAAGAUGCAACAAUUCCAGAUUCCUAACGACCUGCCUGUGCACAUCAAGGGCGGGCCAGUGGACAGAAUCCUCAUGUACAUCACGGGCAUCGUAUGUACACUGGGGUUCAUUGACUGCUUCCGCGUCUACUACCAGCUGUCAUACCCCAAGAAAUAAGUUAUCAUCUACUACUACCACCACCUUCACCGCCACUACUACUACUGCCUGCGUACUGCGAUGCUGCUCAAGAUCAAGACACCUGAGUUGGAAAGGUGGUAAGGAGACGUAGGGUGAAUAUGUACUACCAUGAUUGUAAACCCUUGUAUUUAUAGAGAAACAGGAGUACUAUUAUAUUUUCUUAAGUUUCAAAUGAAGAGGGAGCAUUUAUCUAGUACUCUUGCUUCAUCAGUUUCCAUACCACCUUUCCCACUUAUGGCUAUGUAGUACUGUGUGAUUUCAGACUGAAGGAAGAAGAAAAUACUUAAUGGAUACUAUCAAUCGAAUUAUCACUGAGAGCUAAAGUCACUACAACGUCCAUUACCACCUUCAUGUAUGCUGGUGUUGUUUUAAUAAGUGUUUCAUCCCUGCUCUUUAACACCACCACGUACUGAAACAGAUCUCUUAACACUAAUAUUUAACACCAUGUACUUAAACAAAGAUCAACACCACUUUGUAACGCCACCACGUAGUACUUAAACAGCCCCUCUAACACUAAUAUUUAAAACGCCACUCUUUAACACCACUAUAUAAAGGAAACACCUCAUCACCACUCUCCAGCACAUGAACGCACCUCAACACCACUCUAAAAGCACCAACACCACCUCAGGAUGACUUUCCCACACCACUAUGCAAAUCACACACACCUGAACCACACACACACACACACUUCAACUGUCGUCACUACCAUCAUAGCACCUUAUAAAACACCCUCACAGUCCUAAAAACUUUUACUUCCUGUGUGUCGUCUCGUGUCGUGAGUAUUAGCUAUUCCUCUCUUCCACUCAGAUGAAACGUCCCUUAGUUCAAGCACAAUCACACGAUGUAAAGAAAGCAUUUGGGAGUUUGAUUGGCUAUACUCGUACCCACCCCUAUUUUUUCCCCACUGUCACUUUUCCAUCCUCCUUGUCUCCCCAUUUCUUCCUUCUCCCCUGUAAAAGAUAAGAAGAGGUUAUAAGAUUUCAGUUCGAUGUUCUUUCCGUUUCUUUCUUGCUUCUCUAGGGAGGUGUUGUGAGGUGAUCAGGGUGUGAUGUGAGGACACGGUGCUCUUAGGUGAUGUAUGGAAGUGUUUUGCGUUGGGCUGGUGCUGAGGAAGAAGAGGAUAAGGUGGAGAAAAGAAAGGAGGAGUAAUAAUAGUAGUAUGAGGAGGAAUAAGAAGACAAAAAAAAAAGGACAUAAUAGCAAUAACGAUAUCACAAAAAACAAUAACAGCUACUACUAAUACUACUAAUACUCCUACUACUACUACUACUACUAUCAUUACUACUACUACUACUGCAACAACAACAAGAAAGACCCAACACAAAAACACUUUAUUCUCCUCCAGUUACACGUAGUCACCCAUGAAUAGUCCACCGUUUUCUUCUACAUCUCCUUUACACACCAAGAACAAAAGUAACAAUGGCAUAAAAUCAAUCGUCCAUAACAUAACUUAUAUAAUAUUUAUAGCACAAUAAUAAAUAAAUGUUGUGAUUGCUUGUAAACUUACACGUAAAAAGAAUAUACAUGUAAGCUCUUUAUAUAUUUAUUCAGUCUAUUUAUUGUACUCUAUUCUCUCUAAAAACACACACACAGAAAAAAAAAAUGCAUAGGUAAUCUCUUUAAUUAUUCUAUUUACCUAACCACUGUAAUCCAUUCCCUUUUACCUAUGCAUUUCUUCAUGUGUCUACCUAUUUUUACACCAUUCCACGCAGUCAAAGUCGCGGCACGUACGUAAAUAGUCUCGGUGAUGGGAAAGAUGAGUGUAAAUACGAGUCUUAUGUAUAGAGUCAAACAUUAGUGUUGUGAUGGUGAGUGCCUUGGUUGUAUUGCUCCAGCUAAGAUCCCUACCUACUCUCUUUCUCUCUCUUUCUCUCCCUCUCUCAACUGUCUCGUCACAUUCACGCGGUACUAAUGAGUCUCGAGUGUGAGCGGGCAGGUGAAAUGGAAUGACAGAAGAGAGACGGGUUCUUUCCUGCGCAAUACUACAGGAAAAUAAAUAAUGACAAUACGUAAA